UGCAUAUUAGCUAACUCUUCCAUUUCACUAUUUAUAGAGCAUAUUCUUUCAUCACAGAACUCAUCAACUUGUGAAUAUAUUACAAGAUGUGUAUUGCUGUGUUUAUGUGGCAAGCCCACCCUCUGUACCCUUUUCUUCUCUUGCUUAACAGAGAUGAAUACCACAAUAGGCCUACAAAGCCGGUGGGGUGGUGGGAAGGCGGUGAAAUAUUAGGCGGCAAAGAUGAAGUUGCCGGUGGAACAUGGCUAGCCUGCUCAAAACACGGUAGAGUCGGUUUUUUAACAAAUGUGCUGGAGCUCCAUACACUUCCCGAGGCUAAAAGCAGAGGAGACCUCGUCGUCCGUUUUUUGGAGAGCGAAAAGUGUCCGAAGGCAUUUGCAGAAGAGUUGGUGAAAGAAGCAAAUGAGUACAAUGGUUUUAACCUGAUUGUAGCAGAUCUUGCUUCCAAAUCAAUGGUUUAUGUGACAAACAGGCCUAAAGGGGAUCUCGUUCCGAUUAAACAAGUUCUUCCGGGAAUCCACGUCCUUUCAAAUGCUACACUCAAUGCACCGUGGCCCAAGGCGGAGCGUUUGAAACUGAACUUUAAGCUGCAAGUCAAGAAAUACGUCGAAGGGGAACUCUCGGUGAAAGAAAUGGUGGAGAAGCUAAUGAGAGACAGGGUAAAAGCUGAUAAAAGCAUGCUGCCAAAUAUAUGUUCACCUGAUUGGGAGUUCAACAUAAGCUCCAUUUUUGUUGAAGUAGACACCCCACUGGGAAAAUGCGGCACUAGAAGCACAGCUGCACUGACUGUAAAAGCUACCGGAGAGACCAGCUUUUACGAGACUUGUCUCAAGGGGGACGUAUGGAAGCAGCAAACCUUCAAAUACCGUAUUAAGAAACUGUAAUCGUACAUCAACAAGCUUACUAUGUUUACUUUCAUAUUUGUUUGCAUGCAUUACUAUCAAAUUUAAUUCCUUUAAAUUCAAUUAUCAAUGAAAAAUAAACAGAACAGAUUAA